AUGGAGAGGCAAGACGGGAAACACACAAGGAUCAGCUGUGAGCUCUCGGCUACUGCUGAGCACAACGCCCAUGUGCACGCUGCCGUGCUCCCUGCCAUGAGUCUGGGAGGCAGAAGGAAUUGCAGAGGAGUCUGGAGGAGACAUGUCCACCCUGUGCCCACUGCCCUGUGUCUCCAUGCAGAACCCAGGGAACUGGAAGCCUUCAAAACUGUCUUCCCAAGCAGUCGUCCGGGAGUCCCAGGAAGUCCUGGGGAGAAGGAAACUACAGGUCCCCAAGGACCACCAGGCAAGAUGGAUCCCAAGGGGGAACCUGGGGAUCCAGCAGGCCUGCUCUGAUGCCAGGUGGGUCUCAAGAGCUGCCAGAAACUGCUGAGUCCCAGUGCUACCUUGAGUGGUUGGUACCAUUUGUGUCUACCAGGGGGUAGAGCUCUCCCAGCCUUUUGAGAUAUGGACACUUCAGGGAGUAGCUGGCUGGUGUUCCGGGGACGACAGGAUGGGUCUGUGGAUUUCCUCCACUCUUGGACCUCCUACAAAGGAUUUGAGAGACAGGAGUCUGAGUUCUGGCUGGAGAAUGAGAAUUUAUACUAGCUUACUCUGGAGGGUGCCCAGGAAGGGCAGGUAGAGCUGGAAGACUUCAAAGGCACUGGGGACUCUCUGAGCUUCCACAAUGGGAAGGCUUUUACCACCUAUGACAGAGACCAUGAUUCAAGCUAGGGCAACUGUGCAGUGGCGGUCCCUGGUGCCUGGUGGUACAGAUCCAGCUACUGAGCCAGUCUUGAGGGGUACUAUUACUAUGCUGCUUCGGAGGCCACUGCCCACAAGUAUGGCAUCGACUAGGCCUCAGGCAAAGGCGUGGGCCACCCCUACUGCAGGGUUCACAUGAUGCUUCGCUAG